AGAAGACCUAAACAUAGAUAUGGCUAAGGCAAUGGUGACGCUCGCUUUCAUUUACGCAAUUGUUUUCAGUGUUUUCUCUCUAACCAUAGCUGAGAUAGUGGAGAAGGGCAACCUUAAUCCUCUUCCGGAUGGUGAGAUUGUUUUGGCUACCUAUGAGGUUGAGCAGGCAGCACCUAGACGAUUUGGUCCGUGGAUCCGGCAGCCCAUUCUUUCGAUAAGAGAUCCCCCAGGGUAUUGCAUUAGUGAGAACGAUGGUAUAUCAUGUGCAAAUUGCAAUGAGUACUGCACUUUCCCUCGUGGUUCUGGCGGUUAUGGUCAGUGCGAGUGGAGAAUAUGGACCCGUGUGUGCACCUGUCAUUAUAGGUGUGUGCGUGCCUAAAGGCCGUAAGGAUAUGGUCAUCAUCAUAUUUAUCAAAAACAAUUAUGUAUGUUUGUAUUUUGUGUAUGUGUGCGUAAGUUAUGUAUGCUUGUUUGUGCAUGUGUUUGUAUUAUUAAGGAAAGGGUAUCAUCGUAUUUAUCAGAAACAAUUAUGUAUGUU